AUCCUGCCUCCACAAGCGGCCCUGGACGAAACCUCUGCUCCCUCCUUAUAGGAAAUAAAGAUAACGCUGAUUGCAUGACAUAUGACGACGCAAAAACACACAAACCCGACUUGAUGUUCGUCCACACAUUAAAACCACUUAUGUCAUCAAAUUAAUAACAAUGCUAAUGAAUGCAAGUGAAACCCCGAUCUUGUGGCCAGAUGCGCCUCAGGCAUCAUCAGCAGCACACGCAGGGCAGGCGCACUGCUCUCCUCCUCCAGCGCUGCUGCUGCUGCUGCUGCUGCUGUCAAACUGAAUCACAUCCACCGCCGCGGCACGCUCGCUGCUCAUAUCCACACACGCAGAUCGGCUUCUCUGUGUUCUACCGUCUGCUCUCAUCUCCAUGGCCACAUCAGAUGGAUCAGAAGAUUGCGUUGUGCAGAGAGGGAGAUCUCACAGUGACCCGAGCAUCCUCACCGACACUCGUGUCGUUUAUACGAACAGCACAGAUGUGAUGGAUCAGCACAGAGCGCUUCACUCCGGUUGUCUGGUGUCAGGGGUCCGAACUCCCCCCAUCCGCCGCAACAGCAAACUGGCCAGCCUGGGACGCAUCUUCAAGCCCUGGAAGUGGAGGAAAAAGAAAAAUGAAAAACUGAGACAGGGCUCUACAGGGCUGGAGAGGAAAGUGCCCAGCAGGCAGAAUCGUGAUGAUCUUGUCAGGAAGGGCCUGGCAGAGGCUGGCAUGGAGUCUGGCCUGGCGUGUGGCGUGAGUCCAGACGAGGCAGGAGCCCCAGCGCUGGACGACUCUGACGGAGAGGAGCGCGAGGAUGAGCCCAUGGCUCCGCUGGCCAGCAACACCGAGGAUCUCGGGUCUGAUGAGGACAAUCUGUCCGCAGCGCGAGACGCCACAGAGAUGAUAGACACAGAAGGGGAACUUGAACAAAGUGAGGAUGAGGAGAAGUCCUGUGUCGAUGCCUCAAACAGAGGGGCCAGUGUGGGGCCCCCUGAGGCCCCUGAGUGCCAUGAGCAGAAAAAAGAGGAGGCGCCGCUCAGAGAAGUCCACACUCCUCCAGCCAAACCUCCUGUGAAGCUGCUUACUAGACUGGGCAGCCUCGACAGUACCCACUCUAAUCAGAGCCGGCCCGCUCCUGCCACGCUGCCCAGGAACUUCACCCUGCCCAAAGAUGCCCUGCGGGGCAGGAUCUCCACCCCCACCAGCUCCCCUCACUUAGGUCUGAUGCCCCCUAGCUGCAUCAUCGAGGAACUGCACCGUGCGCUGGCCACCAAACACCGGCAGGACAGUUUCCAUGGUAAGGAGAUCCAUAGCUCACCCAGACGGCGCUCGGAUGGACGGCUGUCCCGCACCGCCAGCACUGAGAAUGAGCCGAGCGAAGAGGUGCAGAACAAACAAGAGGCCGAAGAGAACAAGGAGAACAUGCGUCUGGAUGAAUACUACAGUGACCAGGACAGCUGGAACGAGUCCGUCAUCUCUGGUACACUUCCACGACGAAUAAGAAAAGAGCUUCUGGCAGUAAAGCUGCGUAACAGACCCAGCAAACAGGAGCUGGAGGACAGGAACAUCUUCCCUGUGCGCAGUGAUCAGGAACGCCAGGAGAUCCGCCAGCAGAUUGAAAUGAAGCUUGCCAAGAGACUGAGUCAGAGACCAGCAGUGGAGGAGCUGGAGAGCCGGAACAUCCUCAAACAGAAGAAUGACCAGACAGAGCAAGAGGAGAGAAGGGAAAUCAAGCAAAGGCUAAACAGAAAGCUGAAUCAGCGGCCCACCGUCGACGAGCUGCGGGACAGAAAGAUUCUGAUCCGUUUCAGUGACUAUGUGGAAGUGGCCAAAGCUCAGGAUUACGACAGGAGAGCAGACAAGCCCUGGACGAGACUAUCUGCUUCAGAUAAGGCAGCGAUACGCAAAGAGCUGAAUGAGUUCAAGAGCACCGAAAUGGAGGUUCAUGCGUCAAGCAAACACCUAACAAGGUUCCAUCGACCAUAGCAAGGUUUCUUCCGUGAAGAAUAUGCUAACGGUAUCUCUGUGAAGUCAAAGACCUCAGGAGGCUGUCCAUGGCUGCGCCAUGGGGGGCCUGAUAUUUGGGCGCUAGUGAACCUUGGAGGCUAUGUCUCUGGAGCUUCAGCCUGAAGAAGCCAAAACCCUCCAAACACCACUCAGUCCAGCUGCAAGUCUGGACCUUUAUUCUUUUUCAGGGGACUCUGGUGGGACGGUGGAAGACUGUUUGAAAAAGAAAAAAAAAAGACAUUUGACUUUUUCGUUUUUUUGUAAUGGACUGUUUUAAACGGUCACCUUUUGAUGCCA